GAGGCCCAUAUAUACAUGCCGUUGUCAUUUAUGGUUAGUGCCUGAUUCUAAACUUGAAGCACACGACGGCUUUCGCAUUCUCUCUCUCUCUCUCUCUCUCUCUCUCUCUCUCUCACAUUCCGACUAAAGAAAAAUGGCGAGUUUGAGAAGGGCGUUGAUGACCGUCGAUCGACUUCUAAAAUCGACGGCCGCGAUCCACCGCACCUCCAUUGCAGCAACAGCAGCCGAAGCUUCCUCUUUUGUUCCCAUGGAGACACUGCUCCGGCCACAAUUGGGUUGUGUAAAUGCUGGGUUUUAUCGUUUCUAUUCGAACAAUUUCAACCCGCUGGCUAUCGAUCUCUCAGACGAAGAGAGCAAGAGGCGCCUAUUCAACAAGCUACUAUACAGGAGCAGACAGCGUGGGUUUCUGGAAUUGGAUUUGGUUCUGGGAAAAUGGGUGGAGGAGCAUAUCCACUCUAUGGAUGAAAAAGGAAUCAAAGCUCUUUGCCAUGUCCUUGACCUGGAAAACCCAGAUCUUUGGAAAUGGCUGACUGGUCAGGAGCAACCCCCUGAGCCAAUUGAAACUAAUCCCGUCUUUAAAGCAGUUCGCGACAAGGUUAUGAAAAACCUUAACACCCACGCAUCCCCUGAGACACGGGCAACACCAGGUCAGCCAUGGGUAAGGGGAUGGGAUGAUUUUAAGAAAGGUCGAGAUAGCCCUGUAAUGGGAAACCAAUAGUAUGCUUUCAGCAUUAUAAGUUAGUUUUUCCCUUGUAAAAGGGGAUGAAUAAUGCUUGUUACAGUAAAUCAUAUUUCCUUGCAAUAUGUGCUUGUUCACAAAUAAGUUGUAGCUAUGGAGGUAUUGUUUGAGACGUUUCUCAAAAUUAGUUGUUCAUAAUGUAAUAUAUUGUAGUAUUAAUUCUUAACAUCACAUGACUUCAAUCUAUAUUACAUACGAAGAGUAUACAUUAUGUUUUUGUUA